CAGCUGCUCUUCCUUCCCAGGCUGCCCACCCUCCUCGCCCCCCUCCGGCUGCCGGCGGGGCGCCUCCCCCCCCCCUCCCCCCCACCGCGGCGGGUGACGUGCGCUCGAGGAGGGCGGGUGGGCAGCCGGGCAGGAGCCGGGCGAGGGUUCCCCGCGGGCCCGGUGGCGGGUGUCGGGCAGGCAUGGCGCCGGGACCGGGGCCCGGGCCGGAGCCCAUGCCGAGCUACGCACAGCUGCUGCAGCGGAGCUACCGGAGCCUGCUGGAGGCGGCGCGGGGCUGUGCAGACUGCGGCUGGGAGCGGAGCCGCCGGAGCUGGGCCCAGCACGCGCACCUGGCGGCCGCCGAGCUGCUGCUGCUGCUGCUGGCCGGCCUCGCCUGGACAGCGCUGCGCCGCGCCGCUGCCGCCGGCCUCUUUCGGCCGCUGGCCAGAUGGUGCCAACUGCAACCCAAGGAUGCUGCCAAGAUGCCCGAGAGUGCCUGGAAAUUCCUCUUCUACUCCACAGCCUGGGGCUACAGCGCCUACCUGCUCUUUGGCACCAACUACCCCUUCUUCCAUGACCCACCUUCUGUCUUUUAUGACUGGAAGCCAGGCAUGGAGGUACCCAGGGACAUUGCUGUGGCCUACCUGCUGCAGGGCAGCUUCUACGGGCAUUCCAUCUAUGCUACCCUCUACAUGGACGCCUGGCGCAAGGACUCAGUGGUGAUGCUCUUACACCAUGUUGUCACCCUUAUUCUAAUCGUCUUCUCCUAUGCCUUCAGGUACCACAAUGUGGGAAUCCUUGUCCUCUUCCUCCAUGACAUCAAUGACGUCCAGCUGGAAUUCACUAAACUCAACGUCUACUUUAAAUUUCGAGGUGGCGUCUAUCAUCGCCUCAAUGACUUCAUCUCUGACUUGGGUUGUAUCAGCUUCAGCCUUAGCUGGUUCUGGUUCCGCCUUUACUGGUUCCCUCUCAAAGUGCUGUACGCCACGUGUCACUGCAGCCUGCUCUCCGUCCCUGACAUCCCUUUCUACUUCUUCUUCAAUGCCCUGCUGCUCACCCUCCUGCUUAUGAAUAUCUACUGGUUUCUGUACAUAGUGGUGUUCGCGGCCAAGGUGCUGACGGGCCAGGUCCGAGAGGUGAGCGACGUGAGGGAGUACGACGAAGCCGGAGACGGCGCCCGGGCCCUGGCCUCUGGGAAAGAGGGCAGCUCCCCGCCGCCCCCCAAGCGCUGGAAAGAAGAGAAGCCUUUGAGGAACGGGCUGGUGAAAGACAAGCGCUUCUAGGGGGCUGCAGACCCCUGGGGCCGCUCUGGCCAGUGCCGUCUAGUGCCCCUCCCCCGCCCCUCCCCUCCCCACUGGCCAGCCCGCGCUCCCUGCCUGGGGAGGGGAGACUCCCCCUUAACCCCACCCCCGGGAAUUCACAAGGCCGCAUCCGCCCGCCGGGGCUGAGGGCAGGAAGGUCCCCCGGAGUGGGGCACUGGGAUGCGAGAGACGGCGACCCCCCCCCCCCCCUCGCCCCAUCCUUCUGGGCUCCGGAUGGGGAGGGGGAGGCGCUCUCACACCUCCCUGGCCAAUGGCGGGGUGAGACCCUCCCGCCGCCCCCCGCCCCGUGCCCUCGCGCCCCAGGGGUGCCCUGAACUAUAAGUGGGCCCGGAGCAGGCGCUUGGCCAGCGGCAGACUUCUCUAGGGUGGCUGGAGUCAAGGAAGAUGCGGUCCCUGCAGCAGCAGCAGCAGCAGCAGCUUCUCGCCCCCCUGCCCUGGCUCCUGCUCCUGCUCCUGCCCCAGUCCCUGCCCCCGCCCGCUUUGGCCCAGCCCCAGCCCAGCCCCCUCUCCCCCCAAGGCAGUGCCCUGCUCCAGGCCCUGGGGCUGCGGCCGCCCCCGGGACCCCCUCCCACCCGGCCCGUCCCCCCAGUCAUGUGGCGGCUUUUCCGAAGGGCCCCCCAGGCCGCAGAGAGCCACGGGGCCGGGGGCGAAGGGCCAGAGGUGCCCCAGGAGCCCGAGCCCCUGCCCUGCCACGUGAAGGAGCUGGGCGUCCCCGGGAACAUCGUCCGGCACGUCCUCGAUGGCGGUAAAUGGGGGAUCGGUGGGCAGCUCCGUAGGAGAGGAGGGAGGCUUCCCUUAGUCGGGGGGAGGGGUGCUCGAACUGGCCCGGCUCGCACAGCCUAAAUGCGCCCACGGUGGCUCCAGGUCCUGCUCCCGGCUUCUCCCGGCCCCGAGGGCGGGGCUCGGGGGGGAGGGGGAGGGGCUCCGCCCAGUGCGCCGCUCACCCGCCACUUUGGACCCUAGGAGCCGCUGCCCCACUGGAGCCAGCCCUGGGCUCCCUGUGCCUGGAGAAGCCUCUUUUCUUCAACCUCUCCUUCCUAGAGCCUAGGGAGCAGCUGACGCUGGUCCGCCUGGAACUGAACUUCGGCGCCCCCAGAGCCCUCGCCGCUGGCCAAGGCUGGGAGCUGAGUCUGUUCCAGGGCCACGGCUCGCAGCUGUGGGGGCGGCCCCUGCUGAGCCGGCCGGUGCCCGCGCUGCGUGAGCCGCUGCACUUCGAGCUGCUGGGCUUGGGCCCCUUGGGGAAUGCCAGCGUCCCCCAGAACCUGAGCUUGGUGCUGGAGCUCUCGCCUGCGGGCGGAGACAGCGGCUUGCCUCGAGGCUUGUGUGCCGAGCUGGGGCAGUCCCUGGAGGCCUCCCUGCUGGUGGUGACCCUGGAGCCCCAGCUCUGCCGGCCCCCCCUCAGGAAGCGCCGGGCCACCCACCUGGCCCCUCCGGAAGGCCUGGACCCUCCCUGCAAGGCUAGACAGCUCUACAUCAACUUCCGGGAUGUGGGCUGGCACAACUGGAUCAUCGCCCCGCGAGGCUUCAUGGCCAACUACUGCCAAGGGCACUGCUUCUUCCCCGCCGCCACCAAGAUGUCCAGCUUCAACCACGCCGUCAUGCAGUCCCUGAUGCACUCGGUGGCCCCGACCGCGACGCCCCCGCCGUGCUGCGUGCCCGUCAAACUCUCGCCCAUCUCCGUGCUCUUCUACGACAACAGCGACAACGUGGUGCUGCGGCACUACGAGGACAUGGUGGUGGACGAGUGCGGGUGCCGGUGAGCGGAGCCGGCCCUUCCUGCCUGCCUGUCCCCGCGUGUCCCCGCCCCGGAACCCUGACUAAUAAAACUGCUGGGUUGGUUCGGC